GAAACUUCCUAUGGACCACAGACAUGGCGGCCUGCGUGAAGGAGCUUGUUUUCCACCUUCUGGCAGAGCUGCUGCGCACGGUACACACCCUGGAGCAGAGGAGGCACCCUGCUGGCCUGUCCUCCUCCAUCACCCUCCAGCUGAACCCCUGUCUGGCCAUGCUGAUGGCCUUGCAGUCUGAGCUCCAUAAGCUAUACGAUGAAGAGACCCAGAGCUGGGUGUCAGGCAGCACCUGUGGGGGCUCAGGGGCAGCGGCUACCAGUGACCAGGGCAGGUUCUCCACAUAUUUUCAUGCACUCAUGGAAGGGUGCCUGGCUGUUGCUGAAGUGACCCUGCCUACCAACAUGAGUGUCACAGCCAGUGGGGUGACCUCAACAACUGCCCCGAACCUCAGUGACUCGUCCUCCUCCUCCUCGUCCUCCCCAGGACAGACACCACAAAGCCCUAGCCUCCUGUCCAAGAGGAAGAAAGUCAAGAUGAAGCGGGAGAAGGCCUCGUCUUCAGGAAAGCGCCAGUCCUCCCACGUGGCAGAAACAGACCCCACCAUGCUCAGCAUCGGGGGUGGCAAGCCCGAGGACAUGCUCUGGUUCCACCGCGCACUCACCUUGCUUAUCAUUCUCCGGCACCUCACCAGGAAGGACCCACAGGGGCUGGGAGUGACAAGCGAUGCCAUUGCUGAUGCCUGCCAGGCCCUGGUGGGCCCCACUGCCCAUAGCCGCUUGCUGGUGAUCUCCGGAAUCCCCACCCACCUGGACGAGGGCAUCGUCAGAGGUGCCAUCCGCAAGGCCUGCAAUGCCCAUGGCGGGGUCUUCAAAGAUGAGAUCUAUAUUCCACUCCAGGAGGAAGACCCCAAGAAGCCAAAAGACAAGGCUGAGGGCGGGGACAGCAAAGUGGAGCUGGAGAAGACCCUGGGCCUCCCUGACACGGACAGUCUGGAGGUCAGCACGUCAAGCAGCCUGACCCCUGCCCCAAGCGUCAGCGCCUCAGCCUCCACCAGUCAGGCCUCCAUCUGCAGCUCCCAGGGCAUCUCGCACACCAUCAGCGACCUCUCCGCAGACCCCUUGCCCUCAGGCCUCGAGCUGCCCAUCCCUCCCAGCUUGCUGGAACCCCAUGUGGUGUCCAGCCAGGAGAGCCUGGACAUCUCCCUGUGCAGCACUGGCAGCCUAGGCAGCCUGGGCAGCCUGGGGGAGCCCCUGGACAAUGCCGAGACGGCCUCAGUGUCGGAUAUGGGCUCCAUGUACACAGUCACGUCCCUGGACAAUCAGCCCCUCGCAGCACGCCCCAUCAAAGGCUUUGCGGUUGUGGAGAUAAGAUCCCGAGCCAAAAUUGAGAAAAUUCGAGCAAGUUUAUUUAACAAUAAUGAUUUGAUUGGUUUGUCAAGUUUGGAUGGUGAAGAUGAAUUGAUGGAAAUGUCAACGGAAGAGAUCCUAACUGUCUCUGUAGUAAAUCAGAGUUUGUUUGAUACCCAAGGGAGCCCAGGGCUAGAAGAUUAUUUCAAUGAUAAAUCAAUUAAAG